GAGUGAAGAGAGAUGAUGUGUUAGUAACUCAUCCCUUGACCUGCACUGAUUCUGACCGUCAGACCCUCAUCAGUCAGAGAGUCAAAGAUAAACACAAAACGAGCAUGAAAAAGAAAUGUGAGAAUUUAUUUGAGGGAAACAAACUAGAAGAGAACCAAACCCUCCUGAACAGCAUCUACACACAGCUCUACAUCAUAGAGGGAGAGAGUGAAGGAGUGAAUGAAGAACAUGAGGUUUUACAGAUGGAGAGAACAGCCAGAACACAAGACACUCCAAUCUACUGCAGUGACAUCUUUAAACCCUUACAAGAACCAGAACAUGAGGAGAAAGACCAAAUCAAGACUGUUCUCACUAAAGGCAUCGCUGGAAUUGGAAAAACCGUCUCUGUGCAGAAGUUUAUUCUAGACUGGAGUGAAGGAAAAGCCAGUCAGGAUGUAGAUUUCAUGUUUGUGCUUCCAUUUCGAGAGCUGAACUUGAUUAAAGAUCAUCAGUACAGUCUUCACACACUUCUGCUGGACUUUCAUCCUGAACUUCAAGAUCUGGACUCAGAGAUGUAUGAGGAGUGUAAAGUCGUGUUCAUCUUUGAUGGUCUGGAUGAAAGCAGAAUCACACUGAAGUUUUCAGACAUUGAGAGAGUUAGUGAUGUGAAUGAGUCUUCAUCAGUAGCUGUGUUGAUGUCAAACCUCAUCAGAGGAGAUCUGCUUCCCUCUGCUCAUAUCUGGAUCACCUCCAGGCCAGCAGCAGCCAAUCAGAUCCCCUCAAUAUACAUCAGCCGUCUGACAGAAAUUCAGGGAUUCAAUGAUUCUCAGAAGGAGGAAUAUUUCAGGAAGAGAAUCAGUGAUGUGGGUCAAGCCAGAAGAAUCAUCUCCCACAUCAGAAGAUCCAGAAGCCUCCACAUCAUGUGUCACAUACCCGUCUUCUGCUGGAUCUCAGCCACUGUGCUUCAGAAGCUCCUGAAUGAAGAUGACAGAGCAAAAAUCCCUCAAACUCUGACUGAAAUGUACAUCCACUUCCUGCUGACUCAGAUCAACAUGAGGAACCAGAAGUAUGAAGAGAGAGAUCCAGAGAGACUUCUGAAGUCCAGCAGAGACAUGAUUGUGAAACUCGCUGAACUGGCUUUCAAUCAGCUGAUGAAGGGCAAUGUGAUGUUCUAUGAAGAGGACCUGAUUGAGAGCGGCAUAGAUGUCACUGGCGCCUCAGUGUAUUCUGGGAUUUGCACUGAGAUACUAAAGGAGGAAUCUGUGAUUCAUCAGAGGAAAGUCUACAGCUUCCUUCAUCUGAGCUUUCAGGAGUUCCUCUCUGCUUUUUGUGUGUUUAACUCGCAAUUAGUUGAGAAUGAGAAAAACUUUUUUUUGCACUCUCGACAUCAGUUGUACAGUCAUUGCAACCCUUUGUAUAAGCGUGUAAAAUCAGCAGUUGAUGAAUCCUUACAGAGUGGAAAUGGACAUCUGGAUCUUUUCCUGAGGUUUCUGCUGGGUAUCUCACUGAACUCCAAUCAGAGACUCUUACAGGAUUUAUUGACAUGCACAGAGAAGAGCUUAGAAACCAUCAAGAGAAUCACAGGAUACAUUAAAAAUAAAAUCAAAGGUGAUGAACAUCUCUCAGCUGGCAGAUGCAUCAAUCUGUUCCUCUGUCUGCUGGAAAUGAAGGAUCAGACUCUGUACAGAGAGAUUCAGAAGUUUGUGAAAUCACAGACUCCCUCAGUGAAGAAUCUCUCUCCAUCUCACUGCUCAACUAUCAUCUACAUGCUUCAGAUAUCAGAGGAGGCGCUGAAUGAUGAGUUUGAUCUGAAGAAAUACAAAACAUCAGAUGAGGGCAGAAGGAGACUGAUACCAGCUGUGGUGAACUGCAGAAAAGCUCUACUUGCUGAUUGUAAUCUCACUGAUCAGUGUUGUGAAACUUUGUCUUCAUCUCUACAAUCUUCAAACUCACUGAGAGAGCUGGACCUAAGUAACAAUGACCUGCAGGAUUCAGGAGUGAAGCUUCUCUGUGAUGGACUGAAGAGUUCACACUGUCAACUGGAGAUACUGAGAUUAUCUGGCUGUAUGGUGACGGAGGAAGGCUGUUGUUUUCUGACUUCCGCUCUGAGAUUAAACCCCUCACAUCUAAGAGAGCUGUAUCUGAGCUACAAUAACCCAGGACAAUCGUUAGUGGAGCUGCUCUCUGAUUCAAACUACAGACUAGACACACUCAAUGUGGAUCAUGGAGGAAACAUCAGGAUCAAAACAGGACCACAGAAAUAUAUCUGUGAUCUCACACUGGAUGUAAACACAGCACACAAUAAACUCGCUCUGUCUGAGGGAAACCGAACAGUGACAUGUGUGAAGAAGAAGCAGCCAUAUCCUGUUCAUCCAAAGAGAUUUGAUGAGUGUCUUCAGGUUCUGUCCAGAGAGAGUCUGACUGGACGCUGUUACUGGGAGGCUGAAUGGAGUGGGAACAUUUCUAUAUCAGUGGUAUAUAAUGGUAUAAGCAGGAAAGAAUGGAGCGAUGAUAGUUUGUUUGGAUUCAAUGAAAAGUCCUGGAGUCUGAUCUAUUGUAAUGGCAGUUUCACUGUUGGACAUGGUGAUAUAAGCAUAGAAAUACAUGUCCCUCACUGCUCUAACAGAGCAGGAGUGUAUCUGGACCGCUCUGCCGGCACUCUGUCCUUCUACAGCGUAUCUGACACACGCAGACUCACACACUUACACACAUUCAAAACCAAAUUCACUGAAACACUCUAUGCUGGAAUUGGGUUUUUUUCUGAUGGUUCAGUGUCUCUAUGUGGAAUUAAAUAGCUUCCUGUGAGAAAGAACUGAACUAUCUAUGGUGUCUGACACACAUUCAGCACCAUUUUCACCAAACCACUCUUUGCUGGGUUUAGAGUUUGUUCUUCUGGUAAAUCAGUGUUUGUUUGUUUUUUUUGUGACAUCUGAUAUUUCUUCUGGGUGGCACGGUGACAGCAAGAAGGUUACUGGUUUAAGUCCUGGCUGUGCCAGUUGUCAUUUAUGUGUGAAGUUUGCAUGUUCUCCCCUUGUUAGCGUCCGCUGGGUCCUCUGAUUUCCCCCACAGUCUAGAGACAUGUACUAUAGGUGUAAUGGAUUAACUACUUUGGGCGUAUAUGUGUGUGUGUGUGUGUGUGUGUGUGUGUGUGUGUGUGUGUGUGUGUGUG